AUGUCGCAAGAUCAAGCUCAAGCGCAACCUCCGUUGCCACCCCGCAAUGCCUUCAUCCACAACUCUGCACUCGCUGGUGCCGUCAUUCUGCCCCUCGCGAUGCUUCUCCCACCACGAAAGCUAGAUCUCCGGUUCUUCGUUCUCGCUAGCGCAUUCUCCCUUGCCACAAAUCAGCUCGCCUACGAGUACACAGGCUCAUCAAUCUACGCGCGCUUCGGCAACCGCAUGGGCUCCAUGCUGGGGACCGAGCUCCCCGAAGGCGCCCAGCGCACCCAGCAGCUACUUCGAGAACAUCGCGAGCGCGAGGCAGCACUCAAGGCCAGGCUGGGACAGCAGGCAAAGCAAACUGAAGAAGAAAAGUCCGGUGUGGCCAAGGCGCUCAAUGAGGUGUGGAUGGGAGGCGAGGGGAAGGAUUGGCGCGAGCAGCGUGCCAAAGAGCAUCAGCAGAAGAUCGAAGAGGGCAAGGGCCUGGGUGAUAUAAUUAUCGAGCAGGUUGCGGAUGUUUGGAGUGGUAACUGGGGAAGAGGCGCCAAGAAGCAGGACGAUGAGGAUCCCACGGAGAAGAAAUAA